CGCCCAUGCACGACUCUAUCACGUACCACGACAGUGGCCUCUCCCGACGCACCGCGCUCCGGGCAUGAUCAAUGGACAACUUCUACGCCAUCGGCGUCGGACUCGUUUUGCGCGCAACUAUCGACAAGAUAACACACCAGAACCAUAGGGUCAAUGGCUCACUCGUCGGCUUGUGGGAGGGUGCUGUUCUUCACCACUUCCUCGCCAAAACCCCGUACUCUCUGGAUCCCUACAUCGCUUUUGGCUUCCGUCUCUUUGUCGACCUACUUCUCACCGCCAAUCUCACAAGGCUCGUCAUUGUCAUCAUAUGGACAGGAAUGGGGGUGCUGCUAUCGGACGUAGGAUGGGACGUGGCGGAGGAUAAACGCUUUCGACGGCUGUACCGGCGAGUCCGUCGUGCUUUGCCGUCUUCCCUCAGGCUCUCUUCGCAGGCCCGCUCCUCGUCUCGCGUACAGUUCUCUGAAUUGCCUGCAGGGUCUUCCUCGACCACAGUAUCCUCUGGCACAGCUCGCAGUCCUCCGUCCAUCCUCAUUUCCCGUUCCCAGCCACUAUCUCAGUCCCGCUCUCGACCAACUCUGGCACCUGCCAGGCGACCGACUACGACGCCGUUGCCCGGAUCCUUCUCCGACUACUCGGAGGUAUCGAGUAUCGUGAGCCCUGCACCUCGUUCGGAGGUAUCGAGCGCCAUCAGUCCCGCUCGUGGCUCAGAGGCUUCAAGCGUUCCAAGUCGUGCGAGUGGGUCGCAGGUGCAGCUUGAGGCGCAGCCUCGACGUCCGCGCACGCCAUCCGAGCUCGAAUAUGUCUCGCUCCCCGUCAUUCCCGAUACUCCUGGUAUCGAAUAUACCAGCUUCACCCGCCGCGCGCCCUCGGUAUCAUCUCACCUGACUACUUCAAGCGAGGGCAGCGGCGGUCGUCCCAGGAUCGCCUUGUCGCCGAGACCGCAGAACUACUCCGGACUCACCACACCUGUCGAGAGACCCAACACCCCACGAGGCGAGCAGCUGCCGCCAGUGAUGAUCAUUGACGCAGAUGAUAGUGCUGGACAGCGCACCCCGACGAUGGUACCUGUGGAACUCGUGGAUCCCCCGCCUAUCCCUAUCCCCAUGCGACACUCAGUCAUUGCGGAGGGCGAAGCAGGACUAGCUGCACCACCAGAGCUCAUGGACGCCAUGCCAAUCCCGGCGAUGAUGCCUCCCGUUGAAUCGAUGCCCAUGAUUCCUACUCCCGAAGUCGACGAGGAUGCGGCCAGAACAGAGAAGGCAGCGUCAUCGCGCGGCCCGCCACCAGAGUACGAGCAAGUGAUCGCAGAUGAUGCGUCUGUCGGGGAGUCGGAAGCUCCUAGCGUUGUGACCGAGAAGUCGCGCGGUGCUUUGAUAUCCAAAGCAGACCAGCUGCGUGAGGCGGCGUUGGCCUUGGAGGCUAAACGGUCUCGGUUGCGGCAGGAAUACUUUGCUGCAGAAAGGACCGGAGAUCAUUGGAAGGCUUUUCGAUUGAAGAUCGAACGCGAUCAAGCGGAGCAAGAGGCGAAGAACAUGCACGCAAAGGCUGAGAGGCGUUAUUUCAAAGCCCACAACUUCACGCCAGUACCCCAGACCAUUGAUGUGCAUCGUCUCAAGGUCCCUGAGGCCGUCACACGGGUAGAGCAGGCCUUGUAUGACGCAAUGGUCACCGGCGUACCGGAACUGCGUAUCAUCACCGGUCGCGGGAACCAUUCUAAGGGCAAGAUACCCGCUCUGAAGCUUGCUAUUAUCGGGGCAAUGCAAGAGUCAGUUGCUCGUUCAUGCUUGACUAUCUCACAUUGACAAAGUGUUGCAGUCAUCACAUUGAGGUCAUUCCUGACGAGACGAACCCUGGCGUCGU